AAACGCCUAUAAAAAUUCUCUACAGGUUUGAACAUUUUUAUGUUGACAUCAGUACUGGUGCCAGUAGUGGACUUCUGCUCCAGGACUUGCUCUGUUUUCCUUGGACUUCAGCAUGAUUGCUUUUCAGCUGCUGGCUUGUGUGGCAGUUUCAGUUUUCUGUGUCUUAAAAGCCAGCACCCUGGACACCUUUGUCGCAGCUGUGUACGAGCACGCGGUGAUAUUGCCUAAUGCCGCCCUCACGCCGGUGUCCCGGGAAGAGGCGUUGGUGUUAAUGAACAAAAAUCUGGAUCUUUUGGAGGGAGCCAUCAUAUCAGCAGCAAAACAGGGUGCACAUAUUAUUGUGACUCCAGAAGAUGGUAUUUAUGGCUGGAACUUCAACAGGGAAUCUAUCUACCCAUACUUGGAAGAUAUCCCAGACCCUCAAGUGGACUGGAUCCCUUGUAAUCAUCCCAACAGAUUUGGCCACACUCCAGUGCAAGAAAGACUCAGCUGCCUGGCCAAGGAAAACUCUAUCUACGUCGUGGCAAAUAUUGGGGACAAGAAGCCGUGCAAUGCCAGUGACCUCCAGUGUCCCUCUGAUGGCCGUUACCAAUACAACACUGACGUGGUAUUUGACUCUCAAGGAAAACUGGUGGCACGCUACCAUAAGCAAAAUCUUUUCUUGGGUGAAGAACAAUUCAAUGCACCCAAGGAGCCUGAGAUUGUGACUUUCAACACCCCCUUUGGAAGGUUUGGCAUUUUCACAUGCUUCGAUAUACUCUUCCACGACCCUGCUGUGACCCUGGUGAAAGACUUCCACGUGGACACCAUACUGUUUCCCACAGCUUGGAUGAAUGUUCUGCCACAUUUGUCAGCUAUUGAAUUCCACUCAGCUUGGGCUAUGGGCAUGAAGGUCAAUUUCCUUGCAUCAAAUAUACAUCACCCCUCAAAGAAAAUGACAGGAAGUGGCAUCUAUGCGCCCGAUUCUCCAAGAGCAUUUCAUUAUGAUAUGAAGACAGAGGAGGGAAAACUCCUUCUCUCACAACUGGAUUCCCACCCAAACCACCCAGUCGUGGUGAAUUGGACUUCCUAUGCCAGUGGUAUAGAGGCAUUCUCAAGAGGAAACAAGGAAUUCAAGGGCACUGUCUUUUUUGAUGAAUUCACCUUCUUGGAGCUCAGAGGAGUCGCAGGAAAUUACACAGUUUGUCAGAAUGAUCUCUGUUGUUACCUAAGCUACAAGAUGUUUGAGAAGAAAGCAGAUGAAGUUUAUGCCCUUGGGGCAUUUGAUGGACUCCAUACUGUUGAAGGGAGCUACCAUUUACAGAUUUGUACUCUGUUGAAGUGUAAAACAACAGGCUUGCACACCUGUGGCGACGCAGUGGACACGGCUUCCACCAGGUAUGAGAUGUUCUCCCUCAGUGGCACUUUUGGGACCCAGUAUGUCUUUCCUGAGGUGUUGCUGAGUGACGUUCAGCUUGCACCUGGAGAAUUUCAGGUGUCAAGUGAUGGGCGCUUGUUUAGCCUGAAGCCACCGUCUGGACCCGUCUUAACAGUGACCCUGUUUGGGAGGGUGUAUGGGAAGGACCCCACGUCCAGUGCUCCAUCAGACCUCAUGCUUGGAGAAGCAAAGAACAUCUUUUAAGUCAAAACAUGUCUCAACUGAUAGAAUAUCCACAUAGCCCUGAUGUCAACCUCACACUGCACAGAUUAUGACUUUCUGUAAAGGAGAGCAAGGCACUUGCGGCAGUCAUCCAUAGCAGCAAUACCUCAUAUGGAAAUAAACUUUUUUUGUGGCAGAUGCUUUUCCUAAAAAAUACUGUAUCAUCCAAUAAAUAUUUGAAUAAAUUUC